CGUUCUGUUUCUUUCUAUGCACGCACGCAAAACCUUUUUUUUUUCAGUCACGCCAGAUCAAUCUCCAUCCUUCUGUUGCUCCACGUCUCACUCACUUCCAUCGCGUGCUCCUAAUAUGCUAUCGGUGAGAUUUCUGUUUCGAGCGGCCAUUACACGCACCGUAGAGGUGCACGCGGUCAGGCCUCUCUCUUCCAGACCCACCUUCUUCAAACCCACUAUACCCUUACCACUGAGUGCAGAAACCCUCCCGAAGUUUACGUUUCCGGCGCAGACCCACACGGUCGCCCAGGUGUCGACACAGCUCGCGGCAUUGCUCGCGUCACAGCAGUCCGUCACGUUGCAUGGCUGGAUUGACAAGAAGCCGCUCAAGAUCUCUAAAAACUUGGUUUUCGGCGAAAUUAGAGACAUCAACGGUGAACUUAACCAGUUUUUGUGCAAAAACAACGCGGUGGUGGCCCAGUUGCGCCGCGAAACACGCAUGGAGGAUGCAGUGUGCAUUACCGGGACCGUCCAGAGGCGGCGCGCGAAGCUGUCCGAGAGCACUGAGGGCUCUUCUUGGGACUUGGUGGUGACGGGCUAUCAGACACUUAACCGUGCGGCCGAGACAGCUGCGCAGUUGGACUCGUGCCGCGGCAAGCCGGAACUCAUCCCGCCGCAGUACCGCUACCUCCAGCUCCGGCUCCCGUUCUACCAGCGCGCGCUCAAGGCACGCGCAGCCGCGUCAUAUGCUGCACGCGCGGAGUUGACCGCGCAUGGGUUUACGGAGGUAGAGACUCCGCUCUUAUUCAAGUCCACACCUGAGGGAGCGCGUGAGUUCCUCGUGCCCACGCGCAAGCACGAUCAGUUCUACGCGCUCCCCCAAUCGCCACAGCAGUACAAACAGCUUCUUAUGGCGAGCGGGGUCCACCGGUACUUCCAGAUAGCCAAAUGUUUCCGCGACGAGGACUUGCGCGCGGACAGACAGCCAGAGUUCACACAAAUCGACUUGGAGAUGGCGUUCGCGGGUGCACACGACGUGCAACGCGCGGUCGAAAAACUCGUGGCGCGUGUGUGGCGUGACGUACGCGCGUUACGCUUCUACGUACCUGUGGGCGACUUCCAAAUGACCGCCCAUCAGGAGGGUACACCCUUCCCCCAAUUAACCUACAACGACGCCUUGGCAAAGUAUGGGAUCGACAAGCCCGACUUGCGCUCGAGUCUCACCUUUGAUAACUUGUCCCGCUACGCCACGGUUAAAAAUGUCCCUGAAGAGUUCACCGUCUUCGAGGUUUGUGUGUUGCGCCAGGCUUUUGAUGCCAGUCAGAAGUGUGUUUUUGACAAGACGUUGAACGAUCCUUUGCAGUACAAGGCGCGUCAACCACGUGUGAUUCCGAUCAAGAGUGCAACCGAUGCCACGUCGUGGACCUCUGCGUUUAGUGAAAUAGUGGAGUUUAAGCCGGAGAUGAUAGCAGAGUUGCACGAAAAGUUGCGGUUGCAGCCAGGUGAUAUCAUUGCGGGGAGCACAAGGGCUGAGGUGAGCUACGAAAACCCUACACCGCUUGGGAGGUUUAGGCAGAUUGCUAUUGCCGCAUACCCGGAAAAGUGGCAGCGUGAAAUAGUGGCACGCGACGACCUACCUGCAAUUGGGAACGAGUCCGAUAAAGUCUCACACCUGGAAAUUUUUGUGGCCUGCUGGGUGGUGAACUUCCCGCUCUUCAGUCCCAUCGAUGGCGACGUCACAAAUGGCUACCCCGCAUACCUCUACGAUCAGUUCUGCUCUACCCACCACCCUUUCACUAUGGCCCACCCCGAUGACUAUAGCCUUCUCGCGACGGAUCCGCUCCGCGUACGCGGCGAGCACUACGACUUGGUUGUCAACGGGGUUGAGUUGGGCGGCGGGUCCCGCAGAGUCCACGACUCGGAACUCCAGCGCUACAUCUUCCAGGAAAUCCUCCGCAUAGAAAACCCCGACCGCCUUUUUGGACACUUGUUGCAUGCGUUGUCGCUCGGCUGUCCCCCGCAUGCCGGUUUGGCCAUCGGGUUCGACCGUAUGUGUGCCAUGUUGAUUGGUAGUUCGAGCAUCCGCGAUGUUGUCGCCUUCCCUAAGACCAUGGCUGGCGGAGAUGCUGUCGUCGGGAGUCCUGCUACAGUGAGUGAUGCUGUCUUAAAGCACUACCACGUUUCGAAGAGUAAGGCUUAGAUGCGCAUAGAUGAUCCGUCUUAUUGUAUAUAGAGCCCAUCGAAGGGCGGUAAAGACGGUAUAGGUGUUUUACUACUAUAUAGAGAACAGGUGUUUUAUAGACCAGGUAU